ACCAGUCCCUCACGUGGCCGCUAUUUUUGACCGGGUCGUGAGCGGCCCGAGCGAGGCAGUGAGGCUAGCCUGCGGGCGUGGGCGUGGGGUGGCGGUGGCACCCCUAUUUUCGGCGCCUACCAAGAGUCUGAAGGCCUCGCCAACCGAGCACGAUGGCUCCUGUGGACGGCUUCUGGGGCCAGCCCACAUCAACACUCGACUGGUGUGAAGCCAACUACGUGGUCAGCAGCUACAUCGCCGAGUUCUGGAACACGGUCAGCAACCUGGCCAUGAUUCUGCCGCCGCUGUACGGCAUAUACGAGGUAUGCCGACAGAAGUUUGAGAUCCGGUUCGCCAUCUGCUUUGUUCUUCUCCUUGUGGUGGGACUGGGCUCGUGGGCGUUCCACAUGACGCUGCUGUACGAGAUGCAGCUGUCCGACGAGCUACCCAUGGUCUUCUGCAGCUGCUUCCUGCUCUACUGCCUGGCCGGCAUUCACGGCAUCCAGGAGGGCAGCCACCUGAACUGGCUAUCGGUGGCCUUCCUCGUGUACUCGGCGCUGUUCUCGCUGUCGUACCUCUGGUACCCGAACCCGAUUUUCCACCAGGUCAACUACGGAGUGGCGUCGUCGGCCAUCACGCUGCUCGACAUCAACCUGCUGCGCAGCCAGAAGGACCGUACGGUGCGGCGUCUCUUCUACCUGGGCGUGCUGCUGUACGCCGUGGCGUUCGGCCUAUGGAACCUGGACAAUCACACGUGCGACUCGCUCAGGUGGCUGCGCUCGGUGCUGCCGCCCGUGCUGCGACCCUUCACCCAGCUGCACGCGUGGUGGCAUGUGUUCGCCGGCUACGCCAGCUAUAUCCACAUACUGUACUGCCUGAAGGCGCGCUGCAACAUUCGGCAUCAGAAGAGCGAGGCGUGCUUUGGCCCGAUGGGCUUCACCGUGCGCCGUCUGCCCUCUCACCGCGCCGAGGCGAACGGCCACACGGACAACUGCAACAACCUCAAGCACCUGGACUGACCGCGCCGCCGGCGCCGCCUCUCGGUCGAACCAUGUACUCGAGCUUGGCACACUAGUCGCGCGGCGCGAUGUCGGCCGCGGCGCCGGCUGGCCCGCUCGCUCGGCUCCGCAGCGGCUAUGUUCCGACGGCGGAGUUGACACGUCAGAUCGCGGGCGGCACGUGGCCGUCAGGGGUGUGGUGCCCGCGCAGCAUCACUCACUCUUGUGCCGUCCGUCGUUGGACCGCCUCAUCGGUGGGACAGUCAGCAAGUGCCUCGAGCUUUGUUUAACCACCGGAGUUAGCCUGUUGAUAUGGAGCAGCCGCAGCACACACCGUGCACUGAUAGGCUCCCGUCUAUUGUGUUGUCCUGGGCGAUAUGCCGGACGGGCCGACGAACAAAGCGCUGUCGUGUCAAUGAAUAUAUGGCAUUAACACCUGAUGUUUGCCUAUGCUGC